UCGACUGAUUAAAAAUUUGUUUUGUCGUUUGCAAAGUAAUUUCGAAGGUGAUUUUAAAUUCGUAGACGUUAAUUUAAUUUCGAUUAAUAAUUCGAGACCAUGAAGAACUAGUUGGGAAGCUGCUGUAAUCAAAAAGGAAAGAUAACUGAUCGGAAACCAUGGCUCUGGUGGUGAUUGAUAACGAUCCUUGGCUGGACGAGUACGAUAUGUGCGAGAAAUUGCACAGAGAUAUUCUCGAUUUACUCAAUAAACGAAGCGUCGAGUUGAAAACCAGCGACGAUUACGCACGUCUAUCGUCAUCGAUUCGUAUACGAUUGAAACAGUUCGAUGUGGAAGUGGAACAACUAUCGCAUAAAUUACGAGAGGCUACCAUGUCCAGAGCUAUUACUCUAGACGAAGCCGAACGUAGAGAACGAUUAACCGAGAAUUUGAGAACGAAAAGUAUCCAUAUGCAGAGGAGAUUCAACGAUAGAGAUACGAUGUCGAAAACGAAUCGAUCCGAGCUGCUGGACGAUAGAUAUGGAUUUUCGAACAACAAGUUGAGCAAAGUGGAGAACAGCGGAUGGUCUUCGGUCGGAGAUGACGAUGCUAUAUUACCGGAGAAUCCUACGAUGGCUGAUAUGGCUCAGUUGAGAUUGCAACAGAGGUCUAUGAUGGAAGAACAAGAUGCUGGGUUGGAAGAAUUGAGUAAAACUAUCUCGAGACAGAAAAAUAUCGCCAUUAAGAUCGGAGAUGAGGUUAAUGUUCAUAAUGAUAUCUUGGAUGAUAUUUCUGACAGAAUGGAACGUACUGUGACCGGUUUACAAAGAGGAACUGAUCAAAUCAACGUAUUCUCUCGAAAAGAAGCCACUUGUGGAUACUGGAUCAUUAUUAUUUUAUUAUUCAUCGCCAUCGUUGUGGUAAUUUUAUCGUGAUGAGGUGCUCUGCUCAACGUAGCUGUGUACAUUCCUGUUUCGUUUUCGUAUUCCCUUCGGGUUUUUCCCCCUACGAAACUCUAUCAUGUGUGUUUCUUUCGUCGUAAUAAUGAGUAUCGUUACCAAAUCCAAAGCAGACAGUAUCUCGAGUACUUACCUUUAUUAAGGAAUCGAUUAACGUGUAUUUUCGAGGAUUUAUUUUGAUUUAAUUCACGAAUCAUUUUCAUUAUUAACGUAUAUAUGUAUUAAUCUUGAAUAAUCAACGUAUACAUUAUUAAUUCUUCAGUACUCGUUACUAGUCACAAUACAUAUUUUUGUAUUCGAGCAGUUCGCCGAAUUUAAAUGCAUUUUUUUAUAUUGUGAAUGAUUGAUUCAUUUUGUAUCAGAUUAUCGUCUUUAUGGUUAUUAUUUUUUCCAGUGUACUUGUAUUUUCGCUAUUAAACGUAUUAGCCUUA